GGGCGGGCCCGACAGACGGCGAGCUGUUGUGCCAGUAGUAGCGAGUGGAAGCCAGAGAGAGAGGCGGCGGCUGUGAGGUGGCCGUGCCCCCGCUGCAGUGAAAAACAUCAGACUCUCCUUCAUACAGUUUUUACAGCCUAUUUCUGCACAAUGGGGGCACUCCUUUCCAGGUGGAGGGCAAAGCCUUCCACCAUUGAAACGUUGGAGAAAAUGGACAAGGAUAUUCAAUCUUUAGAAGAAUUCAGGGAUAAAAAUCAGAAGUUGCGGAAAAUAUGGGUUGGACGACUACUCCUUUAUUCUGCUAUUCUUUAUUUUGUCACAUGUUUUGUUGUUUAUUUAUGGUACCUGCCUGAAACAUUUACAGCAAGAAUCCUUUUAAUACUUCCUUUUUUCUUGUUUCCAGUAUUAAUAUGGUUUGUAAGAACACUGCUUAUUGUAUGGUUUGCAAGACGAAUGGAAAGAAACAAUGAUGCAAUAGAUGAUUUAAAAGCACAGAAAAAGAAAAUACUUGAAGAAGUAAUGGAAAAAGAAACCUACAAGGCGGCUAAAUUAAUCCUUGAAAGGUUCGAUCCAGACUCAAAGAAGAUAAAAGAACUUGAGCUCCCUGUUGGUGUACCUAUUACUCCAAGGCCAGGUCAAGAUCUGCGCCAGAGGACGGCAGCUCAAAGAAACGUAAGUGUGUCUACACCAGUAAACCCGAGCCAGGGAUCUCCACAAGUUGCAGGGCUGCUGGCGGCAACUCCAGGUCUUCAAAGGGAUACUCCAGCUCCGGGUGGCCCCCCUGACCGAGCUAUUCAUCCAGCAGUCCAAUCAAAUCUUGUUAUGAAACGACCUGGAUCUCCUGCAACUCCAAUAUCUGGAAUGGCUAUUCAUCCUCCAGGACCUCCAUUGGCAAGACCAAUCCUUCCUCGAGAGAGGGGUGCAUUGGAUAGAGUUAUUGAGUACUUGGUCGGUGAUGGCCCUCAGAACAGAUAUGCCCUGAUCUGUCAGCAGUGCUUUUCUCAUAAUGGAAUGGCCCUUAAGGAAGAAUUUGAAUACAUUGCUUUUAGGUGUGCUUACUGCUAUUUCCUGAAUCCUGCCAGAAAAACACGACCUCAAGCACCACGACUUCAAGAAUUAAACUUUGAGAGAAGGCCUCGCUCUGACUCACAAGGCUGUGUUAAUGAACAGCAGUUGAAAAGCCAAACUCCUGCAGAAACCCCUGAAGAGUCAGAGUCUGCAGAAACUUCAGUUACCGAUGAGUUAGGAGAAGACGAAGUGUCAUGUACUGAACAGCCAAGUGACAAAAUACCUUUCGAAAGUGCAAAGGAAAACACUUUAGUGCAAGAUUUUAAAGCUUCCAACGAGGUUGAUGAGAACGAAGAGUCCUUAAUGGAAACAGAAUAAAUUAAAUAAGUGCCUUUGUUUACGGCAGCUUUUUCCUCCUUUUUUUGAGUGGAUUUUCUUCUAGAGAUAUGACACCUUUUUUAUAAUUCAUGUUAGCUUGACCUGCUUCAUUACCAGAAAGCUGUGCCAUAUCUAUUGGAGGUCGGUGACAAUAUAGCACUGGGGAAUGUAUUCUACUCUCUAUUAAUCUGACCUGUAGGUCUGUAUGGGUCAGCUAUCUAGCAUGGGGUGGGGGGGAAGAAAAAAAAAAGGCAAAACUAUGUUUUAUUUUACAUUUAAGUAUUUUAAGAAAAUAAGCUUGCAGGUUUAUUUAUUUUACAGUGAGUGGUAAGGGAUUGGAGGAUCAUAUAUAUAGACUGAUUUUGUACCAGGGAUAUGUCUUACAAUUUGCAUAUCUGUGAACGUCUGGAUGUUAAAAUGGACCACUAUAGGUACCAAACGUGUGAGCAAAUUUUCACAGCGAGCAAUAGAAAAUAAAGCACUUUUUUUUUUCUUACAAUUAUUGCUACAAAUACAGUGAUAUUUAUAACAGAUUGUGUGCACUUACACAUUGUCAAUGUCCAGAUCUCUUCCUGUAGCUAGCUUACAGGUUGAUCACAAAUGUACCUUUGUAUUCUGUUUAGUUCAUGUUUACAUAAAAUAACAUAGGAAAAGCUUGCCAUGUACUUGAAUACUAGAUGCUAUUUAUAACUGAACAAUGAUGGUACAGAAGUCGAUUGUCUUGCCUUUUGUGUGUUUAUAUUUUGUUAAGUACAAAUAAAGUCUGAUUUAUUUAA